CUGAGAAUUUCUUUCCCUUCAUUUUUAAGUAGCUAUUUUAAGAAAAAGAAGAAGAAGGAAAAAGACAGGAAGGAGAAGAAAUCAUCAUCGUCAAGCAAGUCUUCUAAAAAGGACGUUAAGAAGGAGAACGGCGAACCACCGCAGAAGCGAAAAAAGAAGGAGGAGGAACCAGAAGACGUUUGGGAGUGGUGGAAGGAAGAGAAGAAGCCGGCUGGUGUAAAAUGGAAUAGCCUUCAUCACAAGGGGCCACUUUUUGCUCCACCCUAUGUACGCCUGCCUGAGCACGUGAAAUUUAAGUAUGAUGGGAAGGUUGUUCUCCUCUCCGAGGAAGCGGAAGAAGUGGCAACGUUUUAUGCAAAAAUGUUGGAUCACGAGUACACUACAAAAGAUGCGUUUAAUAAGAACUUCUUCCGUGACUGGCGAAAGGUGAUGACUCCUGCUGAGCGCGAACUGAUCACUGACCUUAGCAAGUGUGACUUCCGGCAGAUGGAUGUUUAUUUCAAGGAGCAGUCUGAAAUUCGAAAGUCUAUGAGCAAGGAAGAGAAGGCUAAGAUCAAGGAAGCCAAAGAAGCCGAGGCCAAAAUUUAUGGUGUUGCCUACAUUGAUGGUCAUAGGCAAAAAGUUGGAAACUUCAGGAUAGAGCCUCCUGGUUUGUUCCGUGGUCGCGGUGGUCACCCAAAGAUGGGUAUGCUUAAGAAACGAAUUCGACCCGAAGAUGUGAUUAUCAACUGCUCUAAGGAUAGCGAGAUUCCGGUAGCUCCUGAUGGUCACAAGUGGAAGGAGGUCCGACACGAUAAUACAGUAACGUGGCUAGUAUCGUGGACUGAGAACGUCUUAGGACAAAAUAAAUACAUCAUGUUGAAUCCAAGUAGUAAGAUCAAGGGUGAAAAAGAUUAUGAGAAGUACGAAACUGCACGACGUUUGAAGUCGCGAAUUGAUGACAUCAGAGCAGUUUAUACAGCCGACUGGAAAUCGAAGGAGAUGCGUGUACGACAGAGAGCGGUUGCACUCUACUUUAUUGAUAAGCUCGCUCUUCGAGCAGGUAACGAGAAGGACGUUGACGAAGCAGCUGAUACUGUUGGUUGUUGCUCACUGCGUUGUGAACAUAUCAAGUUAUAUGAAAAGCUUGACGACAAAGAAUACGUGGUUGAGUUUGACUUUCUCGGUAAGGAUUCCAUACGUUAUUUCAACCAAGUGCCAGUCGAGAAGCGGGUGUUCAAAAAUCUGCAGCUAUUCAUGGAUAACAAAGAACCUGGAGACGAUCUCUUCGAUAGGCUUGAUACUGCUUCACUCAACGAACAUUUACGCUCUCUUAUGGACGGCCUUACUGUAAAGGUGUUCCGUACCUACAACGCAUCAAUCACUCUACAGCAACAGUUAGCUAAAUUGACAAAUCCCGACGACAAUGUUCACCAGAAGAUGCUCUCAUACAAUAGGGCAAAUCGAAUGGUUGCGAUCUUGUGUAACCAUCAACGUGCAGUGCCGAAAGGUCAUGAGAAGGCUAUGGAGAACUUGGAGCAGAAGAUAAAAGACAAAAAGCGGGAGCUGAAAGAAGCUAAGGCCGAACUGGAAAAGGCUAGAGGGGCUGCUAAGGAGAAGGCGAAGAAGAAAGUAGAACGUUUGAAAGAGCAACUGAAGAAACUCAAAAUCAGCAGGACCGACAGGGACGAGAACAAGCAAAUCGCAUUGGGCACAUCAAAGCUUAACUACUUGGAUCCUAGGAUUUCGGUGGCUUGGUGCAAGAAGUUCAAUGUGCCGAUAGAGAAGGUGUUCAACAAGACAUUGCGAGAAAAGUUCCGUUGGGCCAUCGAUAUGACUAUGUCAUCAGAUGAGGAGUACAUUUUCUAA